CUUUGGUUCUGCAUCUUUGUUACACCUUAUUUACAGAAAAUAUGUCGAAAACAGUUGUUGUUAAGUCACCAGCGGAAUUCAGCAAUCUACUGAAGACCUCUAAGAUUGUUGUGACAGAUUUUUACGCGGAUUGGUGCGGACCAUGCAAGGCUAUUGCGCCCAUGUACGAGCAGCUUUCUGCGCAGCUAUCACGUCCAAACAAGAUUAUAUUCACAAAGGUCAAUGUUGACGACCAGACCGAGAUUGCAUCCACCUAUGGUAUCACUGCUAUGCCAACAUUCAUGAUCUUCAAGGGGGGCAAGCAAGUCGAGAAAGUCCAAGGUGCCGAUCCAAAGAAGCUACAAGAUAUUGUAAGAAAGUUGGCUGCAGAGGCAGAUGAUUCAGGGGAUUCUUCGUCUGGAUUCGCAAGCGGAUCUGGAUCUGGCGAUUGGCGCGCAGGAGCUCUUCCAAGAGGCUACAACGAUGUGACAGACCAGGUUGAUAUCAAAGGUCUAGAACUGUUGAACGCCGACAGUGAAUUCGGAACUGUGCGAACAUUAGUUGAUACAAGCAAACCCAGUGCCUUGUCGACUGGAAAGGCGGCAGAUUCGAAGACUAAGGACUGGGUUGUCAGUGACACGGAUGAGCAGCUUAUGUUGUUUAUGCCGUUUCAAUCUAUGUUGAAAGUUCAUAGUGUUCAGAUCACCUCUCUGCCUUCAGCUUCUGACGAUGAGGAUGAUGAUGAAGCGCCAAUGCGACCAAAAACUAUCAAGAUCUACACAAACCGAGCUCACACUGUUGGGUUUGACGAGGCUGAAGGUCUUCCUGAGACACAAACUAUCACACUGGAAGCCAAGGACUGGGAUUCAACCGGCACUGCUACAUUAUCACUCCGCUUUGUCAAGUUCCAGAACGUUACUAGCUUGGUAUUCUUUAUUGUGGAUGGUGAUGGAGACAGUGAGAAGGUACGCAUUGAUCGCAUUAGAAUUAUUGGGGAAACUGGUGAAAAGCGCGACCAGGGAAAGCUGGAGAAGAUUGACCAUGACCAUUAAAGAUGAUGGAGAAUGAUUUGUUUACGAUGAUGAGCGGUAUAGUUAUACGAUGAUAGGCAUGGGAUGGCGUUAACAGAUGUGCCUUCUGGGGCGCUUUUGUGCAUGGCAUUUGAGUAGCAUGAUUUAUGAAUCAGCAUCAUGAAGAUAUCCUUUUCCGCGAAACUCGCCUUCACGUUGACGUCGAUGACUACAAGUGAUUGUCAUGAUUUGAAUUGAAAUACUAAACUACAACCUAUCUUUCAAAGAAAAAGAAAAAACCACAAACCGGAUCUGUGGUAACACGUUCGCAAAAUUCUACCUUGACUGGCGUGCGCGUCCCGAAGCACAUCUUUGAAUGCCACCCAGACAAUUGCGAACUUCCAACAAGAUUCCUGCAGUCCAUCGAAUCUGCUUCUAAUCCAAUAACCAACACGGUAUUAAAAUAAAGAAUGUCCGAACUCUCUCCAUCCUCUCACCCACCAACCGUUAUCCGUUGGGCCCUUUCAGACAAACCGACGAACACAGCCUGAAUUCUCGACGUAAAGUUUCGAAUUCGCGGAAAGAGGUUAAAGAGAAAGCAGCGGUUGCAAUUGGGAUCGAUCUAUGGUACCAUUGACACUCGUUAACAUCAUGGCGAGCAGAUGCGCGAAAAACACGAGGU